AACAAGUUACUCCGCAGAUUCAUUCGCCGUUUUGGUGAAGAUAGACGUUUGCUUUAUAUAAUAUGCUGGAGCUUUAAAUAUGAAUUGCGUGUUGUGAAAUUCAACAUUCAUAUAAAGUCAUCAUGGCUUUGAAGAGUUUUUUCAUCUUUAUUUUUGUCAACUAUUUGAAUACGGUGUUUCUUCAACCUAAAGUUGUAUAUAAACCUACUGAGUUUCCAUACUCAAAAUGUUUUGAAAAUGGAACAAACCGACUGAAUUGUGAAAGGCUUAAUAUGAGUUACGGAAGACAAGAGAAAGAGAGCGUGUGGCCACCAGGGCCAUACGCAAUUCCAAUGUGUAAAUAUGGCUGUCCGGAAUCACAGUCUCGCGGAUGGUCGAAAAGCAAUUUAAAGGUCAGGAUGGUAGAAUUGAUUAAAAAUUCAGAAAGUGUCUCUUCAGUGUUGGGUAGGAAUUGGGACCCCGAUUCCUCAUACAUAAACGAUGACUAUUUUAAAUCGCCGCAUGGUCUAGAAAAUUGGACGCUUUUUUAUUUUUGCGUGAAAUUCCGUAAUGACACUGCACUUGAUAAGGAACAAUGGAUUUCAGGAAACUACAGCAUUUAUAAGAUCGGAUCUUCAUGUCCCACGGGAUUUGAAGAAUCCACUAAAACAUUGCCUGUCACUGAAUUUGUUUCGCAUGGUCAGGUUCCAGAUAUUGCAGUGAGUGAAAAAGGGAAUUCUGAAAUGUUAACUAAAAUCCUCCACAUUUCAAUCUGUAAAAGAAAGAAAUUGGCUGACAUGGGAUACGUUCAUACAAAUGAAACAUUUAGAUUGUUGGAGACUGAUUUCAUUCUUGAAAAGGAGGCAGAUACAAAUUGCUCCCAGUUCAACGUAACAACUGUGUCUCAGGGAGCGACUCACUGUUUCUAUAACCCAAAAGUCCAAAGCAUUGACUAUGAAACUGCAACAGAGCUGAUUCUUAAUCAACGAACCCUCUACAAACUGCAUCAAGAUAAUGAUUUUGAAUGGUAUUUCAUUGACUGUAAGCGUUCACUUGAGAUAGUUAUGAUUGACAUCAAGUCUUCACAUUUGGAAAAUAUCUAUUUCAAGUGUUUUAUCAGUGAUGUACCUGGGAAUUUAGGGGAAUCUGCAGUUUGUAACACAGAAACCACCACUCUUCCAGGAAAACUAUAUCUAAGGAGAACACAAGGUCGGUUUUUUACAUUUGCAUUGAAGGCAAGCAUAGCAGGCGACAUGUCAUUUCAGGUCUUCAUAUCGAGUAUAGAAGCACAAAAUGGUGAGCCAUGUUUUGAAAGUAUUGAAAUAGACAACAAACAUGUACCAAACAGUCAGAUCACUGUUUCUUCUGGAACCACAACACAAAUACCUACAAAUACAAACACUAUUUUUACUGGUUGGAUUCAUGAUGCUACAGAUCUGACACCUUGGAUUUUGAUUGAUUUAAUUGAUGUAACAACCAUAGAAGGAGUUAGUGUCCACGUUUCGAAAGACUGUGACAUGCGGACCACUUUCAGUUUAUAUUUCGGCAACAAUAAGGAUACAUUACAGUUAUACAAGGUCAUGGAAUUUAGAACAUUCCAAUAUGAAAACUGGUGGGAUAUAGAUCAAGUGUUCAUUCUGCCGAGACCAAUCAAUGGGAGAUACGCAAAAUUCAAACAUUCACUUGAAAAGCCAACACGCAGAUCAAGAUGUCUUAAUUUCAAAUUUUUUGGCUGUAAACUGACACAUCUUAGUUAA